UGAAAACCUCCUGGAACUGCACGUUUGUGUUUUAUUCUCUCCAUCCCUUUGUGUGGAUCAAGAGGUUUUAUCUCUACCUCUGAGCUCUGCUUUAAAAGGAAAUUGCAAGACUAAAUCUGCCCGUCAGGUUCUGAUGAGCCUCUGAUUAAAAGAUAAAGACGAGGGACGGCACCUGGACCAAUCAAAGAAGAACUUGCAGAGGGAAAUUUAUGCGAGCUUUGAUUUUGUUUGUUUGGACUUUUUUUUUUUUUUUUAAGAUUCAAAGCUUUGUACUGCCUGCGUUAGUUGUAUGUACCUGAGGUCGGCAGGGAUUGCAUAUUUGAUUCUCACGCCAGCUGAGACGGAGAUGCUGUUUUGUAGUGCUUGGAUUUGGACGUCUUUUUGAGAGGAUUUUGCUUUCACCUGAUCAGCAGUCCUUCACUGUUAGAAAUCCAUUCUGAUCUGCCUUCCAAACCCUUUUUUUUUUUUCUUCUUCUACUGAACAUUGUUGAGCUCAGUCACUUCGGCGACUGGGCAGUGAUUUCCAACGGAGGCACUCUGCGUGCGUGCGUGUGUGUGUGUGUGUGUGUCUGUGUGUGGCCGGAAUCGGACCAGUCAGCUCCCACAGACUGAUCCGUCUUCAACCUUCCGGGAGUUUGUCUCAACUGACUUGAGAGUUUAAAUAUAUCGUCUUCUACUGUGCCGGCCGCCCAGCAGCCGCGAUGCAGGUGUCAUUAGUGUGCACGGACCACCGCGGGGGGGUGAGCCGCACCACGGAGGACCGGCUAAACCGACAGAACGCCAACAGCCCCAACACCGGCACCCGCAGCAAGUUCAGGGCAGUGGCGAUGGUGGCUCGAAGUCUCGGACAACUCUCUGUGCAGAGUGUGCCGACCUCCAGCGAGCAGAGCAUGAGGACUGGCAUGAAGUAUAGAAACCUUGGGAAGUCAGGCCUGCGGGUGUCCUGCCUUGGAUUGGGAACAUGGGUGACGUUCGGUGGACAGAUAACGGACGAGACGGCAGAGCAGCUCAUGACUCUGGCCUAUGAAAAUGGCAUAAAUCUGUUUGAUACAGCGGAAGUCUACGCUGCUGGAAAGGCGGAGGUGGUGCUGGGGAACAUCAUAAAGAAGAAAGGAUGGAGACGUUCAACUCUGGUGAUAACAACAAAGAUCUUCUGGGGUGGAAAAGCGGAGACUGAAAGAGGUUUAUCCCGAAAACACAUUAUAGAAGGUUUAAAAGCUUCUCUAGAAAGACUGCAGUUAGACUACGUGGAUGUGGUUUUUGCGAACAGACCAGACCCAAAUACGCCCAUGGAAGAAACGGUUCGAGCAAUGACCCAUGUGAUAAACCAAGGCAUGGCCAUGUACUGGGGGACAUCUCGCUGGAGCCCGAUGGAGAUAAUGGAAGCAUACUCGGUGGCGAGGCAAUUCAACCAGAUUCCUCCCAUCUGCGAGCAGGCCGAGUACCACAUGUUCCAGCGAGAGAAGGUGGAGGUGCAGCUACCGGAGCUCUUCCAUAAGAUCGGUGUGGGGGCCAUGACGUGGUCCCCACUGGCCUGCGGUAUCAUCUCAGGGAAAUACGACGGCAGGGUGCCUCCCUACUCCCGGGCCUCUCUGAAGGGUUACCAGUGGUUGAAGGACAAGAUCUUGAGCGAGGAGGGCCGGCGUCAGCAGGCGAAGUUGAAAGAGCUGCAGGCGAUCGCGGAGCGGCUGGGCUGCACGCUGCCCCAACUCGCCAUCGCGUGGUGCCUACGGAACGAGGGCGUGAGCUCAGUCCUCUUAGGGGCGUCCAACACCGACCAGUUGAUGGAGAACAUAGGAGCGAUACAGGUUCUUCCAAAGUUGUCAUCGUCCAUCACACACGAGGUGGACAGCAUCCUGGGGAACAAGCCGUACAGUAAAAAAGACUACCGCUCCUAACGCGCGGCAGGCCUGCGCCCGGCCUGCAGCCUGCGGCGCCCCACCUUUGCCUGAUCCUCUGUUUGCCUGAGCUUUUACUGAGUGAGACCCUGGUGCAUGAGUCCGGCCACACCAAGGGCACCCAGGGCACCUCAUUUAGUUACAGGGGUAAGAUAAGGAAAGGUGUGUGGUGAGUGGGGGGGAACAAAACGUGGAAGAAAGGUUAUGGAUAUGCGCUCAUACUUAAAUAAGUUAUACAUUCAAUUCAGCUGAACGUAUUUUAAAACCAUAGAGAAAAAUACCUUUAAAAAAAAAAGGCACAUGCUUGCUCGGCAGCCAGAUUUUAUUUAUUUUUUGCCUUUUUUUUCUAAAACUAAAAGGAAGAUUAAGUUCAUACUGUAUGUAUGAGAACUACUCCGCUCUCAUAUCGUCGGGGUCAUUCUGCACACAUUCGUUCCUUGGAUGUUCCGUUUACAAAACACUUGUGUACUGUAAGAGUCCGUCGAGGUUUCUCUGUAAAACCUAUUGUUUUAUGUUGUGGACAUUGCCGGUGUACGAGCCUCGUCGUGGGCUUCAACAAUCAGCACUUUAGUAUCGUCAGUGUGCCGUCGGUAGUUUAAAGAGGGGGGAGGAUGGCGAACCCAGUAGUCUAAUCUCACAGCCAUUGCACUAUAGAAUCAGACUCCUCCUCAUCCCGCGUGUGUCCAGCUCGAUGCUCCACAACGCCAGCUGUCUGAGUGUGUUGGUGGCAGCCAAGAUGACGAGGAGGGGGCUCUCCGCCCCCCUGCCCUGGGAACAGUCCGCGGGACGACGCGCCGGGGCAAAUCGUCCACCACCGAAGAGAUUAACCAUUCCUUUGUCCCCGACGGUGGGAACUGCAGUCGCGUCAAAUCAAACGCAGCAUCGGACGUCACUGACCUCUGAUCCCCCCCUUUCAGACCCGAGGGUCCGUAUCGUGUAAACCUCUCCUUGAUCCCAUUUUAUUUAAGUGUUUCUGCCUUAUUUACAGUUGCAUCUGACAAGGCUGCAGGCGGUUGGCGUAGACAAGCAGCCCGACUGGUCUCGUGUCCGCGGCUGCGAGGAGGAGGAGGAGUCUCCAGUUAAUCAGUGGGUAGCAGCGGCUCAGGGAACAGAGCCGGUGGUUUUAGUGUUGUGUUGGCGUGUGCGUGGUCAGGAGGUUGUCUUUCUUUCAUGUGUGGACACUGGGCAGGACCAGUGACAUUUUAGCGUGGCUUGAGCCAAAGAUCUUCGUCUGUCUUUGAAGACACAACCAAGUGUUUCACUCUCACCUCCUGCAAGAACGUAGAAGUCAUCUUGGCGCAUGUGCUACCCAGCUUAUCUAUCUAUGAUAUGGACUUUACUCCAUAUAUAUAUCUCUCUUUACUUGACCACUCCAUUAUACUAGAUAACAAAUACAGAAUGCAUAAGUACAGCUACUUGCUUUAGGAUCGGUAAGGUUUGUUUCAGGCGACCUACAACCUGAGACGUAUCAGAAAUAUUACCGCAGGAUUUGACGCAGCCGAACAUCAUUCUUUCUCCUUUAGGUGGCGUCUUACUGUGAUUAAAGCACAAGUGGAUCGCAUGCGAUAAAUCCUCUAAGCAUGGGCCUGUUUACCCUGACUACAGUACCUAUGGGACAAGUAAGAUGAUGCUACCCUGCUUACUAACAGCUGAUCUAAUAUUGAUUCUUUGCAGAAAAUAAACAUUACACAUUGAGAAACUGUCAUUAGUGCGAAUGGCAUGAGAUGACGUGUAGGGAAUAAUCAAAGGAAACGUUAGUGUGGAUGAGGUCUGCUUCGUUCCUCUUCGAGGGAUUUUUAACGGCAGUAGGUGAUUUUGUGUCUAUUGGUCCUGUGUGGGGCAUGGGGUUAACUGAACUAAUCCCUUGCUUUAAGCCUGUUGUAAUAGUUGAUCUCUGUAUGAGUUGGAUUUGCUGUGUGUUAAGUUAGUCUGUGGAUUUCUUGUCUUAAUGUUUUCAUCUGCAGGGAUUGGGGAGGACGUCUGAGACUUUGUUCGGCAUUUUGGAAAAUGCACCUUUUUGCUUUCUCGCUAAAUAUAAAAAAAAAUGAUUGCUACCACAAUUAUAUCUGUCUGCAAAGUGUGAUGAAGCUUAGCAUAGACCGGAUGGAUUCUGCCUCCUGCUCACAAAUAAGUGUUUCAUUCAUAAACCGUUUGUAUGGUAGUGAAACUGACGAGCUUCAGAGGUGCUGUUAGGCAGACUGAGUAAUGCUAGCUGUUUUCUGUAGUGUAAAACUGUGCGUUGUCAAUCUCAGCGAAGAAAGCAAAUAAGUAGAUUUCCUAAAAAUGUCAGUUUCCCUUUAAAUGGUAUUGCUGUGCAUUUCGUUUAAUCAGUUAUUUCCCACCGCGCUGACCUGCCCAACAAAGAUUUCUGCACAUUGUAGAAAUAACUCAAUGUAUUAAGGUUGAAGUGUAGUAGGUCAUGCUUGCUGUUCAGAAAUUAAAACAGACCCACGGGUGGAUAGCGCUUAUUUUACAGAAGGUUCUAGGUUUCACAGAGAAUAUAUUUUUACGUUUUCGCCUAUAUUGCAGUCAAAAGAACAGUCUUGAUUUUUUUUCAUCAUGCUGCAUUUUUCCUAUCAGUGUUGUAUCGAUUUUAAGACUGACAAAAAGAAGCAAUUUCUUUGUUGUGUAUGCAACGAUAGAAUUUAUUCUGAAGAUGUGUGAGUCUUUCCUGUACAUAGUUUAACCUUUGUAUAUAUCUUUUUUGGUUGUGAUCACCUCUGCCUUUUAGUUUUCUUGCAGGCGUUGCUAUCUGCACUGUGCUUGGAUUUAGACAGGAUGUACAGCUUUGAUCCUCAAUGAUAAAAUAAGAAUGGUAAA